AGGUAUUGCAUCUGCAGACCUUAUUAAUAUGAGAUAACAUAAGAAUAGCACUCUGGUCGCUUUCGUGAGGAUCAUUUUCACCGUUUCGGAGCGGUGAGUCACACAGUGGUACGUUGCUACGGCAAUCGCCCAACUGUAAACAAAAUACGCCCUGACUAUCAUAUCAUGGCUCCACUUGAGAAUGGAUAAAAUCAAUGAGAUGCACACAUCGCAUCCUCAUCGUCCUCUCGUUGCACUUUUAAAUCAUUUAAAUCAACGUUUCUUAAGAGUAUGACCGUUUGAUAUCAUUUCAUUGGACGUUAUGAAUACAUUCAGGAGCAAAUCGCCUCCUCCAGGCCAUCCAGGGCCUUCAUAUAUGUCUGCCAAACAAGUUGGUGUCUACUUAUCCGAACUCCGUAGCAAUCCCAUUCCCCGUCCAAACGGUUCUCGACCACCUCCUUCCCACUUCGGCUCUAUCCGGUCACAAUCACGAUCCCCUGCACGACCUCCAAGCAUCUCUCGCCCACAAAGCGAAAUCAUCGUUGGCAACCUCAACCAAAUCGUGGACCUCCCUUCAGAGUCCGCUCUCCAACCCUCCAACUCCAUAUCAAAAUCUCGCCCACGUUCCAUCGCGAGUUUCCAUGCCGGAAGACCGCUGGCAAGACAACCUGGAGCAGACACCCCUGAGCCCAUCGAAAUCGACGACCUGCCAACAUCUGAUGUUGAUGCGAUAACAUACCACGAAAAUGGCCAACGACUCAUGGAAAAGCUUGAAGCACGAUCGCUUCGCCUUGCGUUGGAGGAUAUGGACCUUAAGGAGGAGGAGAAGAUCCACGCGGACGCUCAAGACGAGGCAAGUGAACUGGUCUGGAGGCACCAGAACCCGACUCCAAAUCCGAACCCAAACGCACCGUAUUCGUAUGGAACCACUCAAAAGCGGAACUAUCGAGAACAUCUCCGAAAGGGCAGCCAUGGUAACUCGGUGGGAAACGGGCAGCAAGAAAACAAGCCACCGAAAGUCGAGGACAGCGGCAAGAAACUCCCGAUACAGAUUCGACGGAACCCAUUCAUGCGGGCGAGAGGUCUUAAGAGCGAAGAUAGUCGGCCGCUGCCCCAAACAACCAGAUCAUCCCCAGACCCUGAGAAGGCUUCCACUCCUGUUCCCAUCACCCAAUCGACACAUUCACUGCCCCAAAAAUCCACAACAUCCCCGGUCCCUGACAAGUCUUCAACUCCUGUUCCCACCGCCAGAUCAUCACGCCCCCCUACUUCUGUUUUGCCCUCUGAGUCGAUCUCACGUAGCAUCACAAACGCUCCACCAGAACCCAAGCCUACAUCCGAUCCGGAAGAGCUAGAAAAACGCUCUGAUGACAUCCGAGCGGCCACGUCAAAACGACUCAGUGACCGAAGCACGAACCUUCCAACACCGUCCUUCGUUUCCGACAACCCCAACCGCCCCAUUGUCAGCUUCAAGUACGAUUGGAAGCCGAAGACCGUCGAGCUGAAACCCGAAGUGCAACAGGAGAAACCUUCGACUGAUCGGACUCCUCCACCACUAGUCUCCACCCGGCCUAUCCCAACCAUCAGCGUGAACGAGACUCCCUCCAUCUCCAUCUCCUCCCCUCCCAUCCCCUCCAUAUCCGUAAACGACACCCCCUCCAUUUCCAUCUCCAACCCCCCAAUCCCCACCAUCGCCAUUAACGACACCCCCAACCCCACCCCCACCAUCUCCACCUCCUCCUCCCCCCGCGCCCUCCCCAACCCCUCCGCUCACCGCUCCUCCCAACCCCGCACCACCCACAUCACUCCCGCCGGCCCCCUCCGCACCACCACCGCCCUCUGCACCACCUGUGCUCUUCCCAUCUCUGGCCGCGUAAUCUCCGCCGGCGGCUCGCGCUUCCACCCGCCCUGCUUCGCGUGCUUCGCCUGCGGCGAGCUGCUCGAAUGCGUAGCGUUCUACCCUGAGCCGGACGCAGCGCGGAAGGAGCGGAUCGAGCGAUAUCAGCGCGGCGAUUUGGAGGGGAAGGAGGAUGGGGGGGAAGCCCUGGAUCUGGAUCCUCGCGAUGGGGACGAGGGGACGCGGUUUUAUUGCCAUUUGGACUUUCAUGAGAAGUUCAGUCCGCGGUGCAAGAGUUGCAAGACGCCGAUUGAGGGGGAGGUGGUGGUGGCGUGUGGGGCAGAGUGGCAUGUCGGGCACUUUUUCUGCGCCGAGUGCGGCGAUCCGUUCGACGCGAAGACGCCGUUCGUGGAGAAAGAUGGGUACGCGUGGUGCGUCAACUGCCAUACGAACCGGUACUCGACGAAGUGUCGGAAGUGUCGGCGCCCGGUGACGGAUAUGGUGAUCAACGCGCUGGGGGCGGAGUGGCAUAACGAUUGCUUCUGCUGCAUGGAGUGUAAUGCGCCUUUUCCGGAUGGACGGUUUUUUGUGAGGAGUGAUGGCACGGAGCCGAUUUGCGUGGGGUGUGAGGAGCGGAGAUUGAAACGGUGAUAGAGGGGUCGAUGGAGAGGGUUGGCGUUUGGUGGGUGUGAGGGUUCAUAUAAUGCGUUUCACGUAGUCAGCAGCAUAGCGUUCAAUGCAUGUCCGGUGG